ACGUGACCUACAUUAAACAAUAUGGCUUCCUUGUUGGAGUUGUAAUUUCGCAACACCUAUAUUGCUAAUAAUAUUACACAAGAUGCGAGACGACGUUGUUUUGAACACAACAGCAAGUUUGAUAUUUAAACGUUCAUUUUUAAACAACCUUAACCCCGCCACCUCAAGAGAUGACGGGCGAAUCGGGCGUGGACGAAGACCAAUCUGCAUUUCUGCUCCUUCCUGAGGAUGUCUUGUUGAUGGUCCUGUCCUACUGUGACAAAAGUUCACUUGGAAGACUCAGUUGUGUCUGUAAGAAGAUAUGGGGUUUGGUGUCAGAAGACUCUGUCUGGAGAAAGUAUAGUCUCAAAGUGACUUUGAUAGAAGAUCCUAACCCAAGGAGGAGGGGAGGACAUGGGAGAAAUUGCACAAAGCCAAACUUAAAAGAACAGUGCAGAUUGUCGCACAGUUGGAAGAAGGGAAUUUUUCAAGAAAAUACUGUACUAAAAUUUAAAAUAAGGCAGCUACCUUGGAUGCACAGAGAUAACACACACAUAUGGAUAACCCAGAGAAAUAUGAUAAGAUGCUUCAGCCAAAGAAGAAAUGGUGUGCUGCAUGAGAACAAGGAUAAAAUUCUAACUGGACAUACAGAUGAUGUGUGCAGAUUUGUCAGCAGGGAUAAUAGAGUGGUCAGUGGGGGAACUGAUGGCCGUAUAUGUGUGUGGAGCACAAACACUGGGUCUGGCUUGUACUGUAUAUCAGGGGCACAUGAUGAUGAAGUCAGUGCCAUUGACACCCGGGGUGAUCUGAUAGUAUCAGGAUCAAGAGACUCCAGAUUGAAGAUUUGGUCCAUGUCUGUUGAAAAAGGGGACAUGUUGAGAUGUAACAUCACAGCUCAGGAGAGGGUGUGGUCCGUGGCAAUAAGUCCUGAUCACAGGACAUUUGUCAGUGGCACAGCUGGUUGUGGGCAUGUAUCUCCUUUGAGACUGUGGGACAUGAACACUGGACACCUGUCCUGUCUGCUGCACACUAAUCACCGUAAAGGAGCAGGUGCUAAAGACGUCCAGUUUGAGUCCCCUAAUGAGCUGCUAUCCUGUGGGUAUGACACAUACAUUCGUUUAUGGGACACCAGGACAGAGAGUUGUGUGGCAGAGUGGGAAGAGCCCUAUGAUUCAGCUAUCUACUGUAUUAGAAGUGAUGGGUAUAAUUCUAUCCUGGCUGGGACUGCACGGUAUGGAAUGGUUAGACUGUGGGACAAACGGAUGACCAAACCAGUUCAGAUGUAUUACACUUCAAGAGACAGCAGCCCAGUGUUUUCUUUGUUAUUUGACUCUAAAUUCAUGUAUGUAGCUCUUGACAAGAGUAUUAAGAUGCUGAACUUCAGUCUGCUGUGAGUGAUAUUAGUGGAUACAAGUUUAAUUCAUUUAAUGUACAAAGUAUAAUUUAAAAUGGUAAUAUCCAUAUUAUUGGAAGACUUAGGAUAUCAGUGAUUCAUUUAAAAAACUUUCUGCACUACCGAAGGUGGUUUAUAUGUUAUUUUGUGCUCUCGCAAAGUUGAAUUUUUACAUCUGACUUUCAGAUUUGUAAAUAUCAUUUUAGAAAUGAGAAAGUAAACGUGGUAUUGUCCUAUGUAUUUUAGCUUUUGAAUCGGGUAUUAGAUAAAGUAUUCUCAGAGAUGUCAUGUUCUGACUGUGAUAAUAAAAUGAUAUUAUGUGACCCUGA